AAUUUUUUUUUGCUUUUUGAAAUUGUGGUACUAAACACUAACUAUACGAUGUAUGGAUCGAAAGAUCGAUCGAUCAAUCGGCCGACCGAACGACCGACCGACCAGCCAACCAAAACGACCUGCAAACCAAGUGAAAAAAAAGGCAAAGUACGAGAAAAUCACCUGAAGCGUUCUCUCUUUUUUUUUAAUAAUAAUCAUUAUAUUACACUAAGUUGUUUGCGUGAACGUGCAAUUUUUUUUUUUCGCGAAUGGCCUAGGUCACCGACAUUUCAAAAAAAAAAAAACAGAAACAGAAAAAGAAAACUAGGUAGACAUUGGCCGUCAAUCAAUUUUGACUACCAUUCCCCACUAAUAUCUAUGUAUUGUAAUUUAUCAUAACAAAAUGGUCGGAAAAAUGUUGAUCCAAAAAGGAUUUAAUCUAACCGGAAUAGUAAUUGAUCUUCAAUUUAAUAAACAAUCACAUCCAUCGAUACAAUCAUCUGGUUCAUUUUAUCCAACAAUUUCAUCAUAUCCAUCAUCAUCAUCAUCGUCGUCGUCGUCGUCGACAGCAUUGGCCAUUCAAUCGUCAGAGGCGAAUUUGAUGAAACUAUUUCAAGGUGAUCGGAAUGGAACCUAUCAUUCAUCAUAUAAUAAUCAUAAUAUAUCGGAUUCAAGCUCGUCAUAUCGAAAAACAAAUCUCAAUGGAUGUUUAGUAUCAAUUACAUUUGAUAGAUGUAAGAUUACAUCGGCAACUUGUACAUGUACACCACGUGUUGUUCAUUUAUUCUGGUGUGAACAUGUAGUCGCAUUGGCAUUGUAUAGAAUACAUAAACCAUAUUCAUUUGAUCUCCGCAUUCCAAUUUCAGAAACUUUACUCGAUAUGGAUCGGCAGCAAUUACAAAAAUUGGUGCAAUAUUUAAUAGCCGAACAUCAUGUGCAAAUAUUACCAACGGUGCAAAGACUUACAGACGAAUUAAGUCAGAAACAUGCACCAAUUAAUUUAAUUCAUGGUGCACCUGAUCCUACAGCCGGUGCUUGUGUUUACGGGCCACAUGAUUGGUAUCUGAAUGAGGAAAGAACAGCCGCACAGAUUAGAGAUCUGGUCAAAUAUGUUAGCAUAUCGGAAUCGAAUAAAAUUAUUCUACUUUUCUAUAAGGUCAUUGAAAUGCUCAAGAUUAAAGAUUCCAAUGGAUCACGAUUCUUGCGUAUCAUAACCGAACAAUUUCUUUAUUCCUAUUCACAUUAUCUUAAACCAGAAGAUGCAUUUGAACAAAUGUAUUUUGAUCCAUUCAUUUUCCUAUGGGAUCAUCUGACAAAUCUUUGGACAUUUAUUGUGGCUGAUCCAUCGUUAUCGCCAUUAAAACGUGUAGAAUGGCGUGAAAUGUUUCGCCAUUGGUCACAUAUUUCAAAUUGUCCCCGUGAGGAUACAUAUUUUAAUCUGAAUGUACAAACAACCCAUGAUACAUCACAUCGUUGUUCAUCUUCAUCAGAAAAUGAGCCAAUGGCUCAUUGUAGUAAACAUGAUAGAAGAUUGAUUGUCAAUGCUUCUCGCAAUGGUCACAAUGUUCCAUUCAGAAAACGUCGAAUUUUAGAACGAGCAUUGGAUGCUUCUUACAUUACUUGGGAUGAUGCACAUUUACAAUUGAUUCUUCGUCAAGAUGGGCCAAUUGAUGGAAAAUCUUGUCUAUAUUAUUAUUCAGAUGAUUUCGAUAAAGAUGGCUUCCCUAUUUGGUCAGAACAUUUGCCUACGGCUUGCGUACGAGUUGCCUCAUUACGUGUGAAUGGUCGUUUACAAGAAGCUCUUCGUCUUUCAAUGGCCAUCGUUCGUUUGUUUCGUCAUCGACAACAUAUUCAAGAACAGGAAAAUAUAGGUCUUAUCCAUGUUGUUCCAUCUUCUGAUUCAUGGAUCGGUAAUCCAUUAGAUCCGAUUGAAAUUUUAUUCGAUACAUUAGCCGAAGCUUCUGUUACAAGUGAUUCAAGAUCAUAUGAUGCUCAUUAUGCUUUGAUUGGUUAUGAUAAAAAAAUCGAUAUGGGUAUAUUUAGCCGAAAUGUUCUGGUCGAUAUGUUUGUCAUGUAUAAUGAAGUUAAUGGUUUGGUCGAUAAAGAUGGUAAUAUGGCAUCCAAUGUUAAUGAUAAUAACGAUAUCAACAAUGAAAAACUCAAAUUCAAUCAUGUAAAAGUUCCCGGUUCAUCACAAUAUUGGGAUACAUAUCUAAAUGCAGCCGUAUACAUUGCAUUGGUUGGCCUAUCACAGCUUCGUCGAUCACCAGAUCUUGAAAGUCAACGUGAUCGUAGUUAUCGACAAGAAGAACGAUUGAUACGAAAAUUGUUGGAUAUAAAAUUGGAUUCAAUACUAAUAUCUACCAUACAAAAACAGGCACGUUAUCUAAUUGAAUAUGGUAUACUCAGUGAUAUGGUGACUGGUGAACAUAGACAACUGUUUGUACCAUCUGAUGUUGUUCAAAUACCCGGUCUUGUACGCUAUAUGUUUGGAGCACUUCUUCCAACAUUUCCCGAUUUAUCUUAUGAUAUUGGUCUUCGAUCACUCAGAUUUUUUGCAUUCAAAGAUGAACAUCAAUCAUCAACAGAAGCAGAUCAAUUGCCAGUACGAUCAAAUUUUUUUGACAUGUAUUUGGAUGUACAAUCACUUUUGGCACGAACAAUGUUAUUUGCUGCUCGUAAUGAUUAUGCACAAUUACUUCUUAUAUUUGAAACUAUCAAAACAUAUGUCAUUGAUCCACAUUAUUUAAACAAAUUGGCUCAAGAUAUAUUCAAUUUUAGUUCGAAUGGUAAUCGUCAAGAAUAUCUUCUACGUAUUGCAUAUCAAUUUGGACUUCAUUUGGCCAAAAUAACAUUGAAUGAUCAAACAAAUGAUAGUUGUCGUAAGAAUACCAUACAUUGGCUAGUGACUUGUGCCACCGAGAUUGGUUAUGAUAAAAUUGUUUAUCUAAUGAGAAAUUGGAAAGAAUAUUUUAGUCCAUCCGAAGCGGUUCGUCAUGUAGCAUCGGCAGUAUUGGCACAGAAUUUCAAUUCACGUCUUUGUGUUCGUGAUCAUAUAAUGCGUUCAGAAGAAUUGGCAAGUACAGCUAGAAAAUUAGCUGUCGAAUGUGCAAUGCGCGAUCCAUCCAGUUGUGCAUUGAAUGCAUUAUCAUUAUGUGAAAAGGAUCAAUAUGCAUUCGAUACGAUUGCCAAAGUAGUUGAAACGGCUGCCUCAUUAAAUCAGAUUGGAUCACAUAAAUUGUUUACAAUAGCACGAUAUCUCGAACAUCAAGGUGCUUCCGAACGUGCUUGUAAGAUUGCAUUAUUAGCUGCCAAUCAAGUGGUUAUACCAUUGACAGCUGAUUCACAUCAUUCGAUUAAUGAUCUCCAAUGGGCCUGCAGUUUGGCACAAUGUCUUGGCACAGAAGAACUUAAUAAACUUGUAGAUAUUUUGAUUAAAAAUGUACGUUGUGCACCGGUUUUGGCCGAUAUGAUUCGUCGUUGUACACUACCUCAUCCGGUUCUACCGAAACCUGUCAUGAUUGGCCAAAAUAAUGUCCGUACUAAUAAUAUCAAUUUAAGCUAUGUUCCUGAUUCAUCAAAUAUUGUCAUGGAACAUCUAAGUCUUGAAGAACGAAUGCGUCGGCGACAAUUUAAAACAUAUCCAUUGGAUCGGCCACCAUUAUGUAAUUUACUUUAUGCAGCUGUAAAAGCCUAUAUUGAAGCUGUCAUGCGACGAUUAGAACAUAUCAGUCCACGGCAUUAUGGUGAUUUUAUUGAAUUUUUAACACGAGCACAAGAAACAAUCAUAUUGGCACCGGAUGGUAAAAAUGAAUUUGCCAAACUAUUGGAAAAUAUUAAAACACUUUAUAAAGGAAAGAAAAAAUUGAUGUGUCUAGUCAGAGAACGAUUCAAUUGAUUGAUACAAAUGAAACUUUCAUUUUCAU